CCCGGGAACGGGAGGGGUGGGCUCGGAAGGUGGAGCUGGCUUGGCUCACAAGAGCUGCCUUUUCCAAGACAGGAGUGCAGAUGCUCGCCCAGCUGGACCGAGCGUGGUGAGCGCACGUCACCUUCAGGAAUGGCUGGAAAAGCCCGCACCUGGAGACCCCUCCCUCCCUGUCCCUCCACGGCAGGUCGCAUUUGGUCUCUCCGGUCAUCAGAGGAAUGAGCAAUUCCCCGGCUCGCGGCACUUGGAGAACAGCAGGCAAGGAUGGAUGUGCUGGACAGCCUUCUCGUGAAUGGGAGCAACAUCACCCCUCCCUGUGAGCUGGGAAUCGAAAAUGAGACGCUCUUCUGCUUGGAUCAGCCCCAUUCUUCCAAAGAGUGGCAGCUGGCUGUGCAGAUCCUCCUGUAUUCCUUGAUAUUCCUGCUCAGCGUGCUGGGAAACACCCUGGUCAUCACGGUGCUGAUUCGGAACAAGAGGAUGAGAACUGUCACCAACAUCUUUCUGCUCUCCCUGGCCGUCAGCGACCUCAUGCUCUGCCUCUUCUGCAUGCCGUUCAACCUCAUCCCCAACCUGCUCAAGGAUUUCAUCUUCGGGAGUGCUGUUUGCAAGACUACCACCUACUUCAUGGGCACUUCGGUGAGCGUCUCCACCUUUAAUCUGGUGGCCAUAUCUCUGGAAAGAUACGGUGCAAUCUGCAAACCCUUACAGUCCCGGGUCUGGCAGACAAAAUCCCAUGCUUUGAAGGUGAUCGCCACUACCUGGUGCCUUUCCUUUACCAUCAUGACUCCGUACCCAAUUUAUAGCAACCUGGUGCCUUUUACCAAAAAUAACAACCAGACCGCAAACAUGUGCCGCUUCCUACUGCCGAAUGAUAUGAUGCAGCAGUCCUGGCACACGUUCCUGUUACUCAUCCUCUUUCUUAUUCCUGGAAUCGUGAUGAUGGUGGCCUAUGGAUUAAUCUCUCUGGAACUUUACCAAGGAAUAAAAUUUGAUGCUAUCCAGAAGAAGUCUGCUAGGGAAAGGAAACCGAGCAGCAGCAGCGGCGGCAGGUACGAGGACAGCGACGGCUGUUACCUGCAGAAGCCCAGGCCCCGCACCCGGCUGGAGCUGCAGCAGCUGUCCAGCAGCGGGGGCGGCAGCAGAGUCAACCGCGUCAGGAGCAGCAGCUCGGCGGCCAACCUAAUGGCCAAGAAGCGGGUGAUUCGCAUGCUCAUGGUCAUCGUGGUCCUCUUCUUCUUGUGCUGGAUGCCCAUCUUCAGCGCCAACGCCUGGCGGGCCUAUGACACGGCCUCGGCCGAGCGCCGCCUCUCCGGGACCCCCAUUUCCUUCAUCCUCCUGCUGUCCUACACCUCGUCCUGCGUCAACCCCAUCAUCUACUGCUUCAUGAACAAACGGUUCCGCCUCGGCUUCAUGGCCACCUUCCCCUGCUGCCCCAACCCCGGUCCCCCAGGGGUGAGAGGGGAGGCGGGAGAGGAGGAGGAAGGCAGGACCACGGGGGCCUCCCUGUCCAGGGGAAGUCUACGGAGGCUGGGGCCCGCCCUCGGUUUCUGGGCGACUGGAGGCAGGAAAUGCUCAGCGACAUUCACCAUCAGAAAAACCUCAACAGGCCAGUAACAGGAGUCCGGCAAGGCUCGUGUUACAAAUGCAACUGCCAAACACACGUUCAAAAUGGCGAUGCGGACCCUACUUAAGCUCUAGAAGUUUCCAGAACAUCCAAGGUGAGCGAGCUCUCACUCCCCAUAGGGACACACUUCUAUGCUCUGCCUCAUCUGCCCACGCAGGACUGUGGAGGCUGCUGUCCCCCCCCCCCCCCGGAGAGUCUACGGCUCACAUACUGUACCCAACCGUCUCACCACCAUCACAAAAGGUAACAUGAAACAGAGACUCUUCUGGCCAACAGCUUGGCUCUUUCUUUUUGAGGUUGGUGAAGGACAUUCAGAGACACAACCUUACGCCAUCACUGUCAUCAAAACAGCAAACGGAUUGUUGUCUAAAAGAUGGAACUUGGAAUUUAUGUCUCUAAAAAAGAAAAGGGGUGUGUGGCAAAUAGCUGGAUGGAGUGCUAUCCUCCCAUAGUGAAUAUUUAAGAGCCAGGAGGUACAUAGACAUUUUUUUUGCUACUUUAAUAGCCUGUAUUAUAUUGAACCCCGUGGCUUCUUUGCCUCAACUUGAUUUCCCAUAUUCAUCUGGUAUUUCCUCCCUUCCAGAAAGACUCCAGGUACAAAGGUGAGUUGUAACCGAUGUGUUCCUGUCCAAGGGAGGAAACAGAAACAUGUAUAGUCAGUCCCAGAAUAAACACUGGCAUGCUUGGACUCCAUUCUCAAAUAGCUUUGAGUGUCAAAGCUGUCUGUGCCAUCAAAUACAAUCUGUGCAUUUGUUAAUAAUUGUAUUAAUUUUAUGUAUGAGUAUAAAGCAAACAUAUAAGUAUGCUCUUCACAUAGAAGUAUAUUCUUUGGUGUUUAAAAUAAGAAAAAACGAGUAGGAAUGGAU